GCCAUGAGUAGUGCGGUGAUGGUGAGUCACCUCUCAGACUCCAGCAGCAGCUUCAGAGAGGACGCCCCCCGCCCCCCUGUGCCAGGGGAAGAAGGAGAAACAUCAUGCCAGCAGCCCACCCACCCCUACGUGGGGAAGAGCCAGACCAUCCAGGCGAUGUCCAUCUCCUCCAACCCCAGGAGAAAUGAGGAUGGCCUGGGAGAGCCAGAAGGCAGCGCCUCUCCCGACUCUCCCCUGGCACGAUGGAGCAAGUCCUUACAUUCCUUGUUGGGAGAUCAAGACGGUGCUUAUCUCUUUCGGACUUUCCUGGAAAGGGAAAAAUGCGUGGAUACUUUAGACUUCUGGUUCGCCUGCAACGGGUUCAGGCAGAUGAAUCUUAAGGAUACCAAAACUCUAAGAGUAGCCAAAGCUAUUUACAAAAGGUACAUAGAAAACAACAGUAUUGUCUCGAAGCAGCUCAAGCCGGCCACCAAGACCUUCAUCAGAGAUAGUAUUAAGAAGCAACUUAUAGAUUCGGUCAUGUUUGAUCAAGCACAGACGGAGAUUCAGACUGUGAUGGAGGAAAAUGCCUACCAGAUGUUUUUGACGUCUGACAUAUACCUCGAAUAUGUAAGGAGUGGAGGGGAGAAUCCUGCUUACAUGAGCAACAAUGGACUCGGGAGCUUAAAGGUGGUCUGUGGUUAUCUCCCCACCUUGAAUGAAGAAGAGGAGUGGAGCUGUGCAGAUUUCAAAUGCAAGAUCUUGCCUUCCGUGGUUGGACUGUCCAGCAAAACUCUAAGGGCUACAGCAAACGUGAGAGCUACAGAAACGGUUGAAAAUGGAUACAGGUCCUACAAAAGGAACGAUCCGGUUAACCCAUAUCACGUGAGCUCUGGUUACCUCUUUGCCCCGGCAACUAGCGCCAAUGACAGCGAAAUCUCAAGCGAUGCCCUGACUGAUGACUCCAUGUCGAUGACCGACAGUAGUGUGGAUGGCGUCCCCCCUUACAGAGUCGGGAGCAAGAAGCAGCUUCAGAGGGAAAUGCAUCGGAGCGUGAAGGCCAACGGGCAGGUUUCUCUACCUCAUUUUCCGAGAACCCACCGUCUUCCCAAGGAGAUGAUCCCCGUGGAACCGGCGAUCUUUGCCGCCAAGCUGAUCUCCCGCCUGGAGAAGCUGAAGCUGGAGCAGGAAAGCAUGAACAGCCUGGAAGCCAGGUUGCAGCAGAUCAAGGAGGAUGAAGAGAAGGAGGGCUCAGAGUUGCCCAGUGGCAUCCAGCUCGGCCGGGAGCCGGGAACUCCUUCCCACUCCCAGCACCCGCUCUGUCUCCUCCCCGCCGGCCGUUAUGAAGAGGACCCCCAGGCGAUCCUGGACGACCACCUGUCACGCGUGCUGAAGACCCCCGGCUGUCAGUCCCCCGGGGUGGGCCGUUACAGCCCCCGCUCCCGCUCCCCCGAUCCCCACCACCUCCCGGGGCGGGGCAAGCCACUGUCAUCCUCCUCGACCGGUUGCACGCUUGGGGGCAAGGGGUUCGUAACCAAACAGACCACCAAGCACGUCCACCACCACUACAUCCACCACCACACCGUCCCCAAGACGAAGGAGCAGAUCGAGGCCGAGGCGGCUCAGCGGGUCCAGGGCUACCGGGCGGGCGGUGCCGAUUAUUACUGCUACGCCAAGUGCAAGAGUCCUGCCAAGGGAACGGAGCUGCCGCUGGUCCCCGGAGAGCAGUUAGGAAUCAGCAGAGGCAACACCGUGAACAAGCGUCCCGGCAAGACAACCGACCCAGGCCCGGCCGCCACGGCUGGGGAAGGAGGGGGCCUGCCCCUCGCCCCGGGAAUGCCCCCACUCCCGGCGGACGAAGCCGACAGGUCCCAGAAUGUCUGGCAGUGGAUGCUGGAGAGCGAAAAGCAGAACAAGCACAAGCCCCACAGUGCCCAAAGCACAAAGAAAGCACACCCUUCGGAGACUGCCCGUAGCACCGCCAAUGACCGGCCCGCUCGUCACCACCUGUGGGGAGGCAGCGGAACCCACCCCCGUACGGCCCAGCCAGCCCACCCCUUUGUCCAGGACCCCGCCAUGCCCCCACUGACGCCUCCCAACACCCUGGCCCAACUGGAGGAGGCAUGCCGCAGGCUGGCUGAAGUGUCCAAGCCCCAGAAGGCCCAGCGGUGCUGCUCAUCGAAUCAGCAGAGGGAUCGAAGCCACUGCCUCGGGGCCGAUGGGGGAGUCCUACCCUUCUACAGCACUGGCCUUGUCCCAGAAGAUCACAAAGAGCCAAAGAAACUGGCAGGUGUCCACACCCCUCAUCCCAGCGAGCUGGUGGUCACUUAUUUUUUCUGUGGAGAAGAAAUUCCAUACAGGAGGAUGCUGAAGGCUCAGAGUCUGACACUUGGCCACUUUAAAGAGCAGCUGAGCAAAAAGGGAAAUUAUAGGUAUUACUUCAAAAAAGCCAGUGACGAGUUCGACUGCGGAGCUGUUUUUGAAGAGAUUUGGGAAGAUGACACAAUACUGCCAAUGUACGAAGGAAGGAUUCUGGGGAAAGUAGAAAGAAUCGAUUGAAGUUUUUGUUUUUUUAUUGGGGUUUUUUUUUUGUCUGAAAAAACUGGAAACUAAGUGAAAGCUAUGUUCUGGAUGCAACACUUUGAAGGAAAAUUGAACCAAUGAAGAAGAAAAAGUCGUGGAAGACUUACCAAAUCAGCCUUAGAAGAGGGGGAAAAAAUGGCAUUCAUUAUUCAUGAGCUGGGUUCUGUGAAGACCCCUGAACUAUUUAUUAAAAACAUAACCACUGUUGGCUAUUGAAGAUGCAAACCCUGUUUGAGAAAGACUCUUUACAUAAUAUAUGACUUCCCACAGAUUGAAAAAUCCAUGGACUAAGAGAAACUGUGUAUAGCUUACCUUCACAGUAAUCCUUACUGAUAUUUAUUGAACUGACCAUUUCCCUUAAGUCCAAUUUUUUGGAUAUGCUGCUUUAACAAUGGAGAGGGGAGAGAGAAUGUUUUUGACUAAAUUUGGUUCUCUCCAGACUUGGGGUGAAGGUACAAGUGCAUGAGUAAUUUUGUUUCUGAACAAGAAAUUCGGUCGUGCCUCGUAUUUCUCCAAGUUUGAGAAACUUUAAAAAUGGUACCCUUCAAUUCACUCAUCCAGAAAUUGGUGCGUUUUUAACCUAUGCUGCUGUCAGUGGUAAUAAAAAGGUCUUAAAGGGUUAGCUGUUGCAAUGUAAGUGGUGACAUGGAAACAGCGUAUGCUUUGUUCUAGGGUUGCUGGGUGUGUGUGUGUGUGUAUGCAUGCUUAUAAAGAAGGGGUUCUAGGGUUUACAGCCAGGGGCUGCCUCUUCAGUACGUUAUCUGCCCUUUCCUCGCCCUUUGAGUGAAAUAGAGGAGAAAUCUGGCAAGUCAUAUCACACCGGACAAAAGCAACUGAAUCAUCUGUCGCGUGUUGGUUGACCUCGAUCAUGGGUGUGUGUGUGUGUGUGGUGACUUAGAACAUUGUGUGUGUCUGGUGACUUAGAACAUUUUGUGUGUGUGUGUCUCUGGUGACAGAACAUUGUGAUUUUGUGUGUGUUUGUGUGUGUGCGAUAUGACAGACCAUCCUGUCCAGAAACACCAGGUGAAACCCUGGGGGUUUUAACUUGUGUGUCUGGUGACAGAACAUUGUGAUUUUGUGUGUGUUUGUGUGUGUGCGAUAUGACUUAGACCAUCCUGUCCAGAAACACCAGGUGAAACCCCGGGGGUUUAAACUUGUGUGUGUGUGUGUGUGUGUGUGUCUGGUGACAGAACAUUGUGAUUUUUGUGUGUGUUUGUGUGUGUGCGAUAUGACUUGGACCAUCCUGUCCAGAAAUACCAGGUGAAACCCCGGGGGUUUAAACUUGUGUGUGUGUGUCUGGUGACAGAACAUUGUGAUUUUGUGUGUGUUUGUGUGUGUGCGAUAUGACUUAGACCAUCCUGUCCAGAAACACCAGGUGAAACCCUGGGGGUUUAAACUUGUGUGUGUGUGUGUGUCUGGUGACAGAACAUUGUGAUUUUGUGUGUGUGCGAUAUGACUUAGACCAUCCUGUCCAGAAACACCAGGUGAAACCCCGGGGGUUUAAACUUGUGUGUGUGUGUCUGGUGACAGACCAUUGUGAUUUUGUGUGUGCUUGUGUGCGAUAUGACUUAGACCAUCCUAUCCAGAAACACCAGGUGAAACCCCGGGGGUUUAAACUUGUGUGUGUGUGUGUGUCUGGUGACAGAACAUUGUGAUUUUGUGUGUGUGCGAUAUGACUUAGACCAUCCUGUCCAGAAACACCAGGUGAAACCCCGGGGGUUUAAACUUGUGUGUGUGUGUCUGGUGACAGACCAUUGUGAUUUUGUGUGUGCUUGUGUGCGAUAUGACUUAGACCAUCCUAUCCAGAAACACCAGGUGAAACCCCGGGGGUUUAAACUUGUGUGUGUGUGUGUCUGGUGACAGAACAUUGUGAUUUUGUGUGUGUGCGAUAUGACUUAGACCAUCCUGUCCAGAAACACCAGGUGAAACCCCGGGGGUUUAAACUUGUGUGUGUGUGUCUGGUGACAGAACAUUAUGAUUUUGUGUGUGUGUGUGAUAUGACUUGGAACAUUCUGUCCAGAAACACCAGGUGAAACCCCGGGCGUUUAAACUUGUGUGUGUGUGUGUGUCUGGUGACAGACCAUUGUGAUUUUGUGUGUUUUGUGUGCGAUAUGACCUAGACCAUCCUGUCCAGAAACACCAGGUGAAACCCUGGGCGUUUAAACUUGUGUGUGUGUGUCUGGUGACAGAACAUUGUGAUUUUGUGUGUGUGCGAUAUGACUUAGACCAUCCUGUCCAGAAACACCAGGUGAAACCCCGCGGGUUUAAACUUCUGGGCUCAUUGUAGAUGUUCUAGUCAUACCUGUUGCUAGCACAUCCUCCGCCCAAGCUUCCCGGGCCCCCCAUCCCACCUAUUUCCCUAACUAGAUCCCCCAAGAAACACUGCACGACGCUUAAAAAAUUGACCCACCAACCCCCCACCCCACAAAGAUGUAUGAAGUUGAUACUUGGCAGCAUUCUCACCCCCGCCCCCCCCCCCAUGACCUUGACGUUGAUGUUUGGGUUUUGUUGUGUUAAUCUGUGCAUCCCGUUUGCCAAUGCUACCUUGUACAAUACGUCUGUAUAUAUUGAUUGUAUGGUGAAAGAUUAUUAAUACACUAUCUCUAGUGUUUGAAAUUGACUCGGUACAGUACCUGUGCCUGCAUGGUCGUCGCGCCAUUGAUUUGCCCUAUAUUGAGGGCUCAAGCUCUCCCUUGGUUUUUUAAAGGGGUUUAAUGUAUAAAUAUAUUUUAUGCCUUUUUAUUACGUCUUGUACUCAUGACUUUUGCCAUGGCAUUUUUUGUUCUACUUAUACUGUAAAUUAUGCAUUAUAAAGAGUUUCAUUUAAGGAAAAUUACUUGGUACAAUAAUUAUUGUAAUUAAGAGAUGUAGCCUUUAUUAAAAUUUUAUAUUUUUCAAAUUAA